GUAUGAAGCCGGCUGAGCUUACUGUCAAUCACAGGCUAAUCUGUGUGCGUGUUAAAGAACUGUAUGCUAAAUUGGAGCAUACGGUGUGGAUUCAUGGACCCUUUGAUUAUCAAAAUGUAAAAGAACUGAUGCUGCUGAGCUGAUGCUGCUGAGCUGCUAUGAGAAUUAUUUCACUAUCUUGCCUAACCAGGAGCUGGAAUAUCCUAGAAGAUGAAAUUGAUGAUAUUCUUAAAAGCAAAGAUAAGGAUGAAGUAAAACCAAGACAGCAAUCUAAUGCACCAAAAAUGCAAACUGACAGUACCUGCUGAUUCUAAGGAGCACUGGGCUGACAAGACUGGAAAUGUCAUGAGUUUCAUAUAUCAUGAACACCACUUAGGAGUCCAUCCAUGUAUGUGAUUUAAGUGAAAUUUAGAACUGGAGGCAAACGCAUUAAUUUCCUGGAAUACCUGUUUCCUGUAGCAACAACUGGCUUUUGUGCAGAACCAACACAAUCAUCAUCAUGCUCUUUACUAUUUCUUGGAAUAUUAGUGCAGCAUAGAAAGAUUCACAUCCAAUACCAAGAAAUGCUACCUGCAGAUUUUAGGAAUGGUACCUUCAGAUGGCAUGCUCACUAAUAGCCUUUUACUGAUUUAUAGUUAGAAAAUCAUGAGCAAAAGUUCUAAAGACUCAAAAGUGAUUUGUUAAUGACAUUUGAUAAUGAGGCUGAUGGAUGAAAUGUCUGUUCAGAAAGCCCUGAGAAGAAAUAGGCUGUGCAGAGAUGUCCUGAAUUCUGCCUCUUACCAGAUAUGCUGUUGCUGUGGCCCCUCACCCUGUUCAUUCUGUUGUGCCUGCUGCCCCAGUAUUAAAGUUUCAACAGGAACCAGGCUCCUUUACACACUGUUCCACAUUCUGGCCUCCACAGUCUGCUGCCUCAUGCUUUCCAAGAAGGCGUCAGAGGCUUUUCAGGAAAACUUGCCUUGGUUUUCUUCCAUUUGCAAACAGUUGCCUGGAGGAAAAGACUGCGACAUGUUAGUGGGCUACUCAGCAGUAUACCGGGUCUGCUUUGGAACUGUUUCCUUUUAUUUCCUACACUCCGUUUUUCUUCUGAAUGUGAAGUCUACUCAGGAGUUCAGGGCAAUGAUCCACAAUGGGUUUUGGUUUUUAAAACUCGUGAUUUUAGUUGGAAUGUGUGUUGCGGCCUUCUUCAUCCCCAGUGAUUAUUUUAUAAAAGUGUGGCACUACGUUGGUGUAUGUGGCGGCUUCUCAUUCGUCCUUAUGCAGUUGAUUCUGAUCACAGCUUUCGCUCACACCUGGAACAAAAAUUGGCUGACUGGUGCAUCCAAAGACAAGCGUUGGUAUCUUGCUGUAGUACUUGCUACACUGCUGUUCUAUUCUAUAGCUUCUGCAGCUUUCUAUUUCCUCUACAAAUUCUUCACUCACCCAGCUGGCUGUAUGUUGAACAAAGGACUUAUAGGCAUUAACAUCGUCUUAUGCAUCAUCAUGUCCUUCAUUUCUGUCACCCCUUGUGUACAGAUCAAGCAGCCCCGGUCUGGAUUGCUUCAGGCCUCUAUCAUCAGUUGCUAUGUCACUUACCUCACCUUUUCAGCCCUGUCAAGUCGGCCGCCAGAAAGAGUGCAGUACAAAGGGGAUAAUCUCACAAUCUGUUUCCCGAGCAUCAGCAGAGAUGGACUACAAACAGAAGACGCAUCUAUUGCUAUAAUUGGCGCAGCUAUCAUGUAUGCUUGUGUUUUGUUUGCAUGCAAUGAAGCAUCCUACCUGGCAGAGAUGUUUGGGCCUAUGUGGAUGAUUAAGGUGUAUACGUAUGAGUUUCAGAAAGCUUCAUGUUGCUUUUGCUGCCCAGAAGAAGAAGAAGAGGAAGGAGGAGGGCAGAACAGUGAGGAAAACAAGGAUAAUAGUGGUGGACAGACAGUGAUACAUGAUGAAUCUGAGCGAGUGGUCUACAGUUAUUCCUUCUUCCACUUUGUAUUUGUGCUUGCCUCUCUCUAUGUGAUGAUGACGCUCACCAACUGGUUCAGCUAUGAAAAUUCUACUCUGGAAACAAUCUUCACCCAUGGCAGCUGGCCCACAUUCUGGAUCAAGGUAGCAUCUUGCUGGACCUGUGUCAUCCUUUAUCUGUGGAUAUUACUGGCACCAACUUGCUUUUCUGGAACAGGCCAGAGAAGUGGCCCUACACGCGUACUGAGAAGAAGGCAAUUCAGGAGAGUGACAAGUGUUUCAAAAUAAUACUUCCCAUGAUCUGCAGCUGCUAUGCAGUAAGUGGAUAGGGUUGCCAUCUUUUUUGGAAAAAAAACAGCAGCCUUCCUUUGUUUUUAUCUUUCUAGCUUAUUAAUAAAACAUUGGCAUCAAGCAUCAUUUUUACCUGCCAGGUGGCAACCCCAUCAGUGGACCUUGCAAUAGCAUCUUAUGUGGAAUGAAGAAUCAGAGACAUAUAUUAAAGAUUCAGACCAUGCUGCAUAGUAACCAUCAACUCCAUCUAAAGCAGCAACCGCUCAGGUUACAUCAGGCUCCCUAGCUCUGUUACAAGAUACAGUUAUGAGCUUGCUAGCCUAUUUAAUAGAACAAUAGAUAAAGAUGAUAAUAUAAAUGUGACACUUUAAGAGCUGAAAUAACCAAACUUCUAUUGCCAAGUGUGAGGGUGCAUGGACCCUAUAUUCCCAUACAGUGUGCAGGUUAGUGAUGUCCCGCAACCCCUGGGACCUACUGGUUUAACCUUAGGUCAGGUGGGUGAGGUUUGAAAUUUGGGCAACCAUUGUGGGUUCGGGUUGGGUUUAGUCAGACUAGGGAAGUACAAAGUUUCCCUGCCUUGGAACCUUAGGCACGUGCAGAAGGUGUGUACAGAGUGGAAAGGUGUGAAUGCAGGUUGAGUACAGGUCCUACAAUGCCAACAUUUUCUGGUUUUGGGUCAGGUGCCGGCUAAGGUUUUGUGGGUUAGAGUUGGGUGUGGGUUUAUUUUUUCCUAAACUACGCAUUACAAAUGCAAGUGUAAACCUACUGCUAGUUUACAGUAUAUACAGGGAUAGAUUGCUUAAGUAGAAAGUAGAAAAUGCUAGCAUAUCUCCUGGAUGAGUAUCAGAGCAACAAAACAAAACUUCAUGACACUACUGGAAAUGGCUCUUCAUAAAUCUGCUCAAUCCAGGCCUUUUAAUAGAACUGUUGGUGCUUUAUUAUGACACGAAAGGGAUUUAUAUGUCAAAAUAUCCUCUCUUGGCAUAUAAUUAGCAGCUGUUGGAUUGUGUGAGGCACUGCUGAGUUUAUGAGUAACAAGUAACUGUUUGGGGCAGGGGCCACCAUUAACACUUCUUGAGCAGUGACUUCUGAGCCCCUCCGAAAGCUUAAUACGUUAAGCAUCAAUGCACCAGCACUGUGGUAAAUCUCUAAUGAACGGACAUUCCUGGCACUGACCCUUGGAAAAGUCACUGAAUGCUGCAGGACUGAAUGACAUAUACUCACAAAGGUUGUUUUUGUGAGGCCAUGCAGCAUAUGCUAGCGGUACGUUGAUUCCUGUGAAUAGCUCUGAGCUACAAAUUAUUCUGCUGUUUCCAGUAGUUUGUUCUACCUUUAUUUGCAACCCCAAAUGCCAAAUAAGUUUUACAAGAUGUUCUUACUGUAAGCCAUGUAUAACAUACGCCUACAAGCGGCACAAUAAGAUGUGCAUACAAGCUGUGCAGUCUGCAUACCUCUGCUCUCAUCUAUACAUAAUGAGAUUAGCACCCAAGCUACCUGAAGUGUCCCAUAAAAGCCUAAUGCACAGAUCCCAGGAGGGAAUUACCUUGGCUGACAAGGUCAUGCUGUUUCUAAACUACCCCAGCACGGUUCAUUAUAGCGUGGAUGGAUCAAUGUCUAGAUUGUGUAGCUUCACAGAUUACAUGUGCUUAGAGACACUAACUGGGUGUGUAUUUCAUGUAACACUGCCUAUAAAUGUGUAUCAAUGUAAUGCAGUAAUGAGCCUCUAAAGCUCAUACAUGGAACAAGCACCCCCCCCCCAUAACAUAAUGUGAUAGGACAAAUAGGGUACAUUUAUGAGAGUUAAAGGGACAGUAACACCAAAAAAUGAACGUGUAUAAAAGCAAUUACUAUAUAAUG